AUGAGCUGGAUAAGACAACCUGCAGGAAAAGCACUGGAAUGGAUUGGGGUUGCCUGGGUUUCUUCCGGUAACACUUAUGCCAGCAGUGUACAAGGACAAAUAGAUUUCACCAGAGAUAAUAGCAACAGCAUGGUGUAUCUGCAGAUGAACAGCCUGAUAACUGAAGACUCUGCUGUUUAUUAUUGUGCUCAAAGACUCAUUGAUACAGGAAGCCACAGAGCUCUGACAGGUGAUCCAAAGAAACGUGUGAAGUUAAAUUUGCCAGCUCUCAAAGUCUCAAAGAGUACGGCCGCCAUCCCCAGCACCGUUCUGCCCUCCAGGGAGCCUCGAAUAUCACAUACCCCUUCGGACCCCCCCGACACCAUCCUGCCUCGAGCCUGCCUCGUCGCCUCUGUAGUCUGGGAGGUGGAAUCUGCUGUUCGCCGCGCCCAGUCCACCGACCCGGAUCCCGGUGCCGGUCCCCUUAACCGCCUCUACGUCCCCUCAAGUGUCCGCUCCCGGGUCCUCCAAAGGGCGCACGCCUACAGGUUCAGCUUCCACCCAGGGAUGGCUCGCACCCUCUUCCUGCUCCGCCAGUGGUUCUGGUGGCCCGCCAUGGACAAGGACUGUCGGGCCUUUGUAGCAGCCUGCAAGGUGUGCGCCUGCGCCAAACCGUCCCACCCGCCUGUCUGCUCCUCCACCUUUCGUUCUAAUGGAAACAUCCGCACAGUGGUCGACCGCUUCUCCAAGUCCGCCCACUUUGUCCCCCUACCCAAACUCCCCACCUCUCUGGAAACUGCCCGCCUCCUCAUAGACCAUGUUUUCCGCCUCCACGGCAUCCCCCUGGACAUAGUUUCUGACCGGGGCCCCCAAUUCACCACCGCCAGUAUCUCCUCCGGUUAUCAUCCCCAGACCAAUGGGCAGACCGAGCGGGUCAACCAGGACCUGGGGAUGGCGCUCAGGUGUGUAGCAUACCGUAGCCCCACCUCCUGGAGUUCCUACAUCCCCUGGAUCGAGUAUGCCCACAACUCCCAAAUCUGCGCCGCCACUGACUUUGGAGGGAGGCCAGGGAGACUCCGCAGCCCGCAACCGCCAGUUGGCGGACCGCCACCGGACCCCUGUGCCUGCCUGCCGGUUGGGCAGCAGGUCUGGCUUUCCUCCAAGGAACUCCCCUUACAGACCUCCUCAAAAACACUCACCCCCCGGUUCAUCAUCCCUUACCCCAUUGAGGCCAUCAUCAACCCCUCCGCUGUGCGCCUGACCCUCCCUCCUCACCUUAAGGUCCACCCCGUCUUCCAUGUCUCCCGAAUCAAGCCCGUUUCCACCAGCUCCCUCUCCGUCCACUCACCUCCGUCAUCCAGUCAGUCAGCUGGGCUUGCCUACUUGCCUUCUCCCCUCGCCUCACCUCUGCGGCAUUCCCGCGGCUUCCCUCCACGCUCCUCGCCCCUCUCGCCUCGGCCUCCUGCCCCCUCUCGGUCGCCUCACCUGAACCUUUCCAGCCCCGCCAGCUCCUCGGCCCCCCGCACCCAUCACUGUGACGCUUUCGACUACUGGGGUCGUGGGACUGAAGUCACAGUAUCUACAGGAACACCCACACCACCAACACCACCCACUCUGUUCCCUUUGGUUCAGUGCCAACCUGGGUCUGGAGAUAAAAUCACUGUUGGUUGUUUUGCACGCGACUUCUACCCAAAGAGUCUUACAUUCCAGUGGACCGAUGCCAGUGGGACCACCCUGACUUCUGAAAAUUAUCCUCCAACUGAGAAAAACAACAAAUAUACAGGAGUCAGUUUGGUCAAAGUAUCAAAAUCUGACUGGGAUUCAAGGAAGUCUUUUAAAUGUUCUGUAAAUCACAACGGAUCUCCCACAAAUCUGCAAGUGCAAAAGCCUCCUCCAAAAGUGACUUUGCUAUCAGUGCCAAGUGAAGACACCCAGGCCCUGGUGUGCACGAUUGAAUGUGGUGAUGGAAAACUUGACUCAUUCAAGUGGAAAAAGAAUGACGCAGAGUUGAACGACUACAUUCAAAGUCCCAUCCAAAGAACUGGAAACUUAUAUUCAGCUGUCAGUGUCCUGAAGGUCAACAACGCAGACUGGGACAGUAACGCUGUGUAUACCUGUGAGGUGACUUACAGAGGAACACAAUAUAAAAAGAAGGCCUCAAAAGCUCCUGUCACAGUGACUCUCAACCAACCCAGUGCCAAAGGAAUUUUUAACAACAAACAGGCAAAGUUGGAGUGUAUCAUUACUGGACAGGAUGAGACCAUUGUUAGUGAAAUUCAGAUCACUUGGCAAAUUAAUGAACGAGGUGUGACCAACAACAUUGCUGAAUCAACAUCACCCAGCGGCGUUCAGCACAGCAAAACCAGCACGAUGACUCGUAGUCUGUCUGAGUGGCAGAAAGUCAACAAAGUGCGCUGUUCUGCCAUUAGAGACGAUAUGACUCCAGUUAUUCAAGAUCUGACUGUCCACAAAGGAGAAGGAAAGAAGCCAAAUGUGACAGUCCAUGUCCUCCCAGAGGAGGACAUAAACAAAGGAGCUGAGGUCUCUCUGGUGUGUCUGGUCUCUGGUCCUGUGCUGCAGGAUUACUACAUCGCCUGGUCAGAAGGUUCUGGAAAUAAGGCCGGCAUCUAUAUGGAUGGCAUUAACUUCCCCCCACAGAAGACCCAACAAGGCUACUUAGUUACAAGUGUUUACACCACCACCAAGGAAAAGUGGGACAAGCACAACAUGUUCUACUGCAACGUCUGGCCUGCUGGCACCAAUGAGUCCAUGAAAACAUCACAUGGAGUGUCUAAGGCCCAGGGUAACUCAAUUGAAUGUGAUUAAUAGUAGAUUCAGCUUUGGUGGUAUUUUGUGCUAUCA